UACUGUCAACCAGAUCAUAAAUCAUAGUCAGUCGCUCACACAACGCGUUUCGGUCCAAACAUUCAGGUCCAAAAAAAUAACUGUGAAAAGAGUGAUCGUGAGAGAGUGUGUUUUAGACAAGAAAGUGAUUUUGUUGACAAUUGAAUUUUUACUGGAUUUCGUGAAAGUGUUUAGUGAAAUUCUAAAAUUGUGUAACUUUUAAUUAAAAUCAAAGGAUAAUUAUUAAAGAAAAGGAAUUAUUUAUGAAGAGUUGAACAAUUUUCAAGACAACAAUGUGCAACAAUGAGAGUCCACCACCAUCGAAAGAACCUCUAUCAGUGGGUCUUGGGGUUGGAACUCCAUUUUUCCCUGGCUUAGAACACUAUCGUUUACAAUUGUAUCAUUAUGCAAUGACCGAAAGAUUACGAUUGGCCCAACAAUUGCAUCCUCAACAUCCUGGAGUUGGUCAUCCACAAUCCGGCGGACCAACAUCGGCCCAUUUGGGAAUGGCGCCAGGAUUUCCUGCACCACUACCAUUGUAUCCUGCAGCAGCUGGAUAUCCAAGUAGACUUGCUCUUUCCAUGGCACUAUUGCAUCCUCAUCAUCAACGAAUACCCGAGGAGCCUAAACCCCAACACAGUUACAUUGGACUUAUUGCAAUGGCUAUUUUAUCAUCGCCUGACAAGAAACUUGUACUAUCGGACAUCUAUCAACAUAUUUUGGAACACUAUCCCUAUUUUAGAACAAGAGGACCCGGCUGGAGAAAUUCCAUUAGACAUAAUUUGUCACUCAACGAUUGUUUCGUUAAGUCCGGAAGAAGUGCCAAUGGAAAGGGACACUAUUGGGCAAUUCAUCCAGCGAAUCUUGAAGAUUUUCGACGAGGUGACUUUAGAAGGCGUAAGGCGCAGAGAAAAGUUCGAAAACAUAUGGGACUCGCUGUCGAUGAGGAACCUGAUAGUCCAAGUCCACCGCCAUUGCCCGCGACACCUCCACCCUCCGUACCAUCACUUAGACCAACAAGUGCUCCAAUGUCUGGGAUUUGGAGUCCACAUCAUCAUCAGCCUCAACAACAGGACCAACCACAUCAGAACUUUAAAAUGUUUCAGAAUCAGGGCCUAAGGCAAGGUUGUCAGCCAUCGAGAAAAAGGCAGUUUGACGUCGCCUCGCUACUUGCUCCCGAUGAUCAAUUGGAGUCCCUAAGGCCGAUGAAAUCGAGAAAAUUCAGUUGCAGUGAAGACGAACACGACCUACAGGAACCGGAACCAGAAGCCGAUCACGACGAGGAGGAUGUCGACGUUGACGUCGAUGUCGAUGAAGGAACCGAGGUUAAACCACUCCUAUCACCAGUAACACCAUCAGCAAGUCCCGAAUCAAAAUUAAGUCCCGUUAACGGACACUGCAAUUGGAGUAAUCCAGGACUUCAAUCAAAUAUUUGUCAAUCAAUAUCCGGACUACAUCUUCACAAUCAUCUUCAUGUUAGAAAUUACUACGUUCCAAGUAAUUCCAGUUCUGGAUCAAGUAUCUAAAGUGAAAAUUAAGAAGAGGAUGUGGUGAUCAGCGAAAAUAAUAUUUUUUUCGCAGAGACUCUAGUCUGAUAAACAUUGUAUAAUGUUCCUUUCGAUGAUAAAUUCGUGAACGCGCGAAAAAGGGGGGAGGUGUUUAGGAAAAAAAUUUGUGAUAAUUUAGGGAUUUCGGAAGAUUUACAUAUAUAUACGCCAGUGUGUUAUAUUGUGAAAUGGAUUUUAAAAUAAUGCCAAAACAGAUGCUAUAUAUUACUUUUUUAAAAAAGAAUGUAAGGAAUCCAAAGUUCUAUAUUGUUAUAUUUUCUUAAAUAUCAAUUUACAAAAACUUCCUUAUCAAAUUAUUUUCAUUACCAUUUCAGAAUAUUUUAACACUAUUUUUCGAAAUUCUAAACUAUUUUCUCACUAUUUUAUUAAUUUUUCUCUUUUUCCUAAGAAGUGUACAAAUUUUUCCCCAUAAUUGAAUUUCUUGUACAUAGAAGAUUAUUAAUUUGUACAUAAGACAAAUUUUGGGUGGGUCUAUAUAUAUAUAUAGUUGUUAUAUAAUAAUAUUGACUGAAGUGAUCUCGAUUUAAAGUGUAAUAUAUUUUGGAGAUUAAGGUCUGAAAUAUGGCGACGUCAUACCAAUAAAUUGUAUGCCAUAUUAUGUGACAGUCGAAGAUUUCAAAAAAAAAAAAAAAAAAGAA